GCCCGGCACAAGCCCCGUCCCCGAGCGUCACGGCCCAGACCGAUGGGCGGAGCCGCGGGCGGCGGAAGAGCACGGCCGCCGGGAGGUCCGAGCCGAGAGGGGGAGGACGGGGCUCCGCCGGGGACGACAGCAUGGGCAGCAGCUCGCUGUCCGAGGACUACCGUCUGUGCCUGGAGCGCGAGCUGCGGCGUGGGCGCGCGGGCGUGUGCGGGGACCCGUCGCUGCGCGCGGUGCUGUGGCAGAUCCUGGUGGAGGACUUCGACCUGCACGGGGCACUGCAGGACGACGCGCUGGCGCUGCUCUCCGACGGGCUGUGGGGCCGCGCCGACCUGGCCCCCGCGCUGCGCGGCCUGGCCCGCGCCUUCGAGCUGCUGGAGCUGGCCGCUGUGCAUCUGUACCUGUUGCCCUGGAGGAAGGAGUUCACCACCAUCAAGACCUUUUCAGGAGGCUAUGUGCACGUGCUGAAGGGUGCCCUCUCAGAGGACCUCCUCAUACAGAGCUUCCAGAAGAUGGGUUAUGUGCCCAGGGACAACCACCGCCUGAUGAUGGCUGCCCUACCACCUGCCUGCCAACUGGUUCAAGUGGCUCUGGGCUGCUUUGCCCUUCGGCUGGAGUGUGAGAUCCUGGGCGAGGUGCUCGCACAGCUGGGCACCAGCGUGCUGCCAGCUGAGGAGCUGCUGCAGGCACGGCGGGCCAGCGCAGAUGUGGCCUCCUGUGUGGCCUGGCUGCAGCAGCGGCUGGCCCGGGAAGAAGAGCCACCGCCUCUGCCCCCUCGGGGCUCCCCCACGGUCUACCAGACCCAGCUGGACCUAUACCGGGACCUGCAGGAGGAUGAGGGCUCAGAGGAGGCCAGCCUGUACGGCGGGCCCUCCCCAGGCCCCGAUUCACCACCCCCGGAGCUGGCCUGCCAACCUCUGCUCUGGGAACAGAGCGCCAAACUGUGGGGUGCCAGGGGCGGGGCCUGGGAGCCUCUGGGGGAGGCUGAGGUGCUGCCGCAGGCCAGCAGCCCACCCUAUGGGGCCAUGGAGGAGGAGCUGGAGCUGGAGCGGGAGCCUUCCGCCUUCUCCUUCCUCUCCUUGCGACGAGAGCUGCUAAGUCAGCCUGGAGCUGCAGCUGUUACCAAAGCCCCAGGAAGCCCUGGGCGGGCCAGCCCCCAGCUGGUGCAUGGGCCCAGCCCCCAGGCCCUAGGCUACCAGGCACACAGCUGCCUAGCUCCGGGUGCCCUGCCUGCCCUCUGCUGUGACACCUGUCGCCAGCUGCACGCUGCUCAUUGUGGCAGCCUGCCCACCUGCCGUCCAGGCCACGCGCUUCGUGCACUGCUCAGUGAUACACAACGGCGCCUUUGGCUACAGCGUGCACAGGUGGACUCCUUGCUCUAUGACGGGACCGGGGCCCAACCUUAGGCCCAGCCAGGCCCUGAGUCAAAGGCCUUCCAGAGACAGUUUCUGUGGUGCUUCUCUGGACCUCAUCACUCCUCGGGCCUAAGCCUCUGGCCACCCUGCCCCUUGGGGACUCCUGGGCACAGCUCAGUGGGGUCCAGCCUCCCACAGAAAGCUCCUGCCUUGGGAUGGCCAACUCCCUACCCCCUGCACCUAGCAUCCAGGCCCAUAUCCAGACAUGCUCGAUGGAGGAGUCUCCCCACGAGGCCUGUACUACGAAGAGCCCUCUCUUCUUUUUUCACUCCUCCCAUCCCACUCUAGGGGCCCAGCACUCAGCCUGGAAUUCUUGACCCGAUCCCUACAGCUGUGCUUCAGAACGUGUUGCCUCCCUCCAAGUGUCCAGGGGAGAUUCUCCUCAUAGGGGUGUCCCUGGGGGCCUCCAUGUGACUCUGGGUCACUGAGCACCAGUGUGACCAGUCUGGAGGCCCUGCCAGGUACAUGGCUGGCCUAGCCCCUUGCCUAUGGGUGUCCUAAGCCAGGGCUGAACAGGCCAAGGUCUGGCUUGGAACCAGCCCAUAUGCCCUGCUCACAGCUGAACCGGAAAGUUUGGCCCACAAACAGAGAAGACAUGAUCUGAUCUCAAAGCAGAGUGAGGAAGCUCCCAAGAAGUCCAGAGAAUAGGCAGCAGGAAGUAGGAGGUGGGCAGCUUAGUGGACGGGCUGUGUCACUCCCCUUCCGGGUAGAGUGUCAGGCUUCUGAGCAGUCAGCACCCCAGGAGCCACCCUGGAGCUGGCUUUCUGCUGCAUAGGCUCUGGAAGGCAGGGUGGGAGGCCGUGCUUUUCACCAGAGGACUCCCCCAGAUCCAGUAGUAAAGAAGUAGCCAGGCUCGUAGGCAGCCACCUAAGGCAGACUCUCAAGACCAAGGCAGGUGGAGCCCCUUUCUCUGGGGGGGAAGGGGUCCUGGAACUGUUCACCCCCUGGACCACAGGGGACAGGUGCCUAUGUUCUAUGCUGGCCCCUCUUCACUGGGCACACUGCCCUAGACCAUCUAGUCCACUUCCUGUUCUCCCCAGGACUCAGAGAACCACCAUCAUAUCACAUAAAUCAGGACGUUAAAGUUCAUUAAAGGACGCAGACCCUGCUUAUGCCUGUUA